CCUUGAAGAACUGUAAGAUUAUGGCGGACAACUUGGCGACGAAGUUGGAAUGUGAUGUUUGGGUUCCCGAUUAUUUCAAUGGCAAACCGCUCAUACCGCUCGAUACGAUGAUGAUUGAGCGAGCGGGAGAGAAGUGGUCGAUAUGGCAGUGGAUAAAGUUCGUCGUUGGGACUGGUAUCCCCAACUUUCCAGCAUUUAUCAGCAACCGACCGUCUGUUGCUGACAAACGCCUUGAUUCUUUCUUUGCUCUGUUGAAAGAAAAGAAAUCGUAUGAGAAACUUGGUGCUGUCGGAUACUGCUUCGGAGGCACGACGGCGACACGACUCGGUGGAACUGAUCACGUACAAAGUGUCGUCAUAUGCCAUCCAGGACCGCCCAGCAUUUCUGACAUAAAGAAGAUUAAAGUCCCCGCAGCCUGGGCUUGUGCUGAGGAGGACCAGUUCUGGGGUAGGUCCGCCAGGCUGCAAGCCGAAGCAGCUUUUGCUGCGAGGAAAGAUACCGACAAUUUCGUUGAAUACGAGUUCAAGGAUUAUAAAGGAACUGCUCAUGGAUUUGCUGCGCGCCCUAACUUGGAUCUUCCAGAGAUCAAAGAAGCGUUCGAGCUGGCUUUUGAACAGACUGUCCAAUGGUUUCAAAAGACGCUCACCGUCUGAUUGGAGGUUUAUUCUGGAGGUUUCUGUGGAUAGUAGAUAUGGGUUUGACCUUGGAUACGAUUAGUAUGACUCACUUAAUACCCUGCAUAUACACGUUGCAUUCGAUGGA